CCACCCCCCCCCACCCCCCGCCCCCCCCCCCCCCCCUCUUCUCUCUCUCUCUCCCUCUGUUUCUCCAAAACAAAGAUUUAAACAUGGCUUUAGCUACCCAGCCCACCACCAACCUCCUCCAAAAUCCCUUCCUUUCCUCUAAACCCCAAACAAGACCCCAACUAUCCAUCGCCGUCCCUUGCCCAAGAACCCGUCGUUCUAGCUCAGUCCAAUGCUCUGUCGCCGUCGCACCCUCCGCAGCCCCCAAGGCUUCCAAGGAGUACCGCCUCAAGUCGGUCAAGGCCAGGCAGAUCAUUGACAGCAGAGGCAAUCCCACGGUGGAGGUUGACCUUAUCACCGACGAUUUGUACCGAUCGGCCGUCCCCAGUGGCGCCUCCACUGGAAUCUACGAGGCCUUGGAGCUCAGAGAUGGAGACAAGGCCGUUUAUGGAGGCAAAGGUGUGCUCAAUGCUGUCAAAAACAUCAAUGAGAUUUUGGGACCCAAGCUCGUUGGCAUCGAUGUCAGAAAUCAAAAUGAUGUUGAUGCCGUUAUGUUGGAAAUUGAUGGAACCCCAAACAAGUCAAAACUGGGGGCCAAUGCCAUAUUGGGAGUAUCUCUGAGCGUGUGUAGAGCAGGUGCAGGAGCAAAGGGAGUGCCAUUGUACAAGCACAUCCAAGAAGUGUCUGGAACAAAAGAGCUCGUUAUGCCCGUCCCAGCCUUUAAUGUGAUCAAUGGAGGCAGCCAUGCUGGAAAUAAUUUGGCCAUGCAAGAAUUUAUGAUCUUGCCUGUAGGUGCAACUUCAUUUGCUGAGGCACUUCGUAUGGGUAGUGAAGUUUAUCAUAUACUCAAGGGAAUUAUCAAGGCAAAAUAUGGACAGGAUGCUUGCAAUGUUGGAGAUGAAGGAGGAUUUGCUCCCAAUGUACAGGAUAAUAGGGAGGGACUGGUUUUGCUCAUUGAUGCUAUUGAAAAGGCUGGUUACACAGGAAAGAUCAAAAUUGGAAUGGAUGUUGCGGCUUCAGAGUUUCUCACUAAAGAGGAGAACUACGAUCUCAACUUUAAGAAACAACCAAAUGAUGGGGCCCAUGUGCUCUCACCUCCAAACCUUGGCGAGCUGUACAAGGAGUUUAUAAAAGACUUCCCCAUUGUGUCCAUUGAAGAUCCGUUUGACCAAGAUGAUUGGAGCUCGUGGGCUUCACUUCAAUCUUCAGUUGAUAUCCAACUUGUUGGAGAUGACUUGUUGGUCACAAAUCCAAAGAAAAUUGCUGAAGCCAUUCAGAGGAAGGCAUGCAAUGGCCUACUUUUGAAGGUUAACCAGAUUGGCACCAUAACUGAAUCUAUUCAGGCAGCACUUGACGCAAAAGCUGCAGGUUGGGGUGUGAUGGUCAGCCACCGGAGUGGGGAAACUGAGGAUAACUUUAUUGCUGAUCUUUCUGUUGGAUUGGCUAGUGGACAGAUAAAGACAGGAGCUCCCUGCCGAAGUGAGCGAUUGGCCAAGUAUAAUCAGCUUCUGCGUAUUGAAGAGGAGCUUGGUAAUGUGCGUUAUGCUGGUGAAGCUUUCAGAUCACCCUAAAGGAAGAAAUAGACAACCGCAUUUAUCAAGUUAUCCAAGCUUCCACUCUAUUUAGAUCUUUGGGUAAAUCUGCAGAAAUUUUUGAUAGAGCUUAUAAAGUUAGGUGUCAUUUGAAUAGUUCCGUGUGCUGAAUUUGGGCAUAAGACACCAGGCGUCUUCUCUUCAAUAGAAACAUUUGUUAGUCAAUAAAAGAUGUUGGUGGUCUCAAUCAAAUCAUCUUCAGGAGUUUGUAGGGAACUGGUCAAACGCGACUGGUAUCCAGUUCAACUUUGUAAUUCUUGUGUGGCAUUGUAAUGUAAUGUAUUAUUGUGUACUAUAUUAUAUUCCACCUUGUUUUUCAAUUUUUCAA